GCGCGCGCGGCCGGCGGGUCCCAGCAGUCGCCCAGCCCGCCGCCGCGAUGUUUGGGACGCUGAGCAGCACCUUCGAGGACGACCCGUUCUUCUCUGACUCAUUCAUGGCACACCAAGGGAGUAUGAGGCAGAUGAUGAGAAGUUUUCCCAUACCUUUUGGAAGAGACUUUCAUGAAAAUUUUGAUGGUAGAAGAAGAGCUCGUAAUCAGAUGGGACGGGAUGAUGGAGAAAGCUACUUUAAUGCAAUGAGUUCUCUUGUGCCCUUUGGCGGUUUUGGUGGUUUGCCUGCAGAUGUCAACCCUUUCCAGGCUAUGGACCGGAUGAUGGCAGAUGUGGGAAGGAGCAUACAGGAUCUGCAGAGGAACUUUGGAAAACUCUCCAUGGACUCAGAUGGACAUUCAUUUAGCUCUUCCUCUGUCAUGACUUAUUCCAAAGUCGGAAAUGAACCACCAAAGGUCUUCCAAGCCUCGACGCAGACCAGACGGGCCCCAGGAGGAAUCAAGGAAACUCGGAAAGCGCUCAGAGACUCUGACAGUGGCAUCGAGAAGAUGUCUGUUGGCCACCACCUCCGAGACCGUGCUCAUGUCAUCAAGAAGUCCAAGAACAGCAGGACUGGGGACGAGGAGGUCAACCAGGAGUUCAUCAAUAUGAAUGAGAGUGAUGCUCUUGCAUUUGACGAUGAGUGGCAGAGUGAGGUGUUAAAGUGCAAACCGGUGAUACAAUGCCGCAAUAUCGAGAACGGCCGGGUGCGAAGUAUUUCUCAUGAUAACUCAGGAUCCCGAGAACUCAAAAAAAGGGAGAAGAUUCAUCCGAGUCUCACCAGUGAAGGGGGAAGAAGAAUUGGGUCUGCUGACAGACUCAACGUCAAAGGGUCAACUGUGAAAAUCAACAAAAAAUAAAGAGCCUUGCCUUAGUUUGGGUUGCUUUCCAGAGUGUACUGGUGCUGGGUAACCCACAGACCAAGCUCUAGUUGUUAGAUGUCUCUGUGCCUCGCAGCUUGCUUCAGUUUUACUGAAUGUUCUUGCUAGCCGAGAUUGCCCUUGUUUUAGAAAUAAACUUUGGUUUCAACAGU